GGGAAACUUCCCGGAUGUUGCUAUUCCAGGAAGUGAGUCCUGUGACAACAAUCCUGUGACAGCGUUGUGUGUUUUGACUUGAGAAACAUAUUGCCCUGAAAACCGCGCAAAAUGGAUUGAUCGUGUGAUCACAAGAAGAGCAUGGAGAAUGAUGAAUUUCCGCCAGCGGAUGGGGUGGAUAGGUGUAGGACUGUACUUGUUGGCCAGUGUCGCUGCAGUGUAUUAUAUAUUUGAGAUCAGCCAAACAUACAACCGACUUGCACUGGCACAAGUAGAAAAGGCGGCUGGAGCGCAGACAAAAUGGUCGGGAGAUGCUUCUUCCUCUUCCCCAUCUUCAACCUCAUGGAUCGUGACUCUGAAAACAAGACUUCUCCUCCUGCCCUUCUGGGUGUGGGCCACCAUUUUCCUCAUUCCCUACCUCCAGGUGUUUCUCUUUCUUUACUCCUGCACAAGGGCAGACCCCAAGACUGUAGGAUACUGUAUUCUGCCCAUCUGCCUUGCUGUUCUCUGCAACCGUCACCAAACCUUCGCCAAGGCCUCCAAUCAGAUCAGCAGACUGCAGCUGAUUGACACUUGAAGUGAUUGUUAAAGAUGAGGAGAAGGUGCCAGACAGUUUGAUGUCUUAGGGGUUGGGCAAUACAAAAGUGCAUUCAUAAAUAAGAUUAUUUUUUAAGACUUGGUCCUUUUUUUUUUUUGGUGUAGGAAUUAAAAGGGGAAUGUGUUUAGGAUUCAUUUCUUUGUAAUGUUUUUUUUUUUUUCAGUCACUUACAGUUCCACACCAGUUUUUAUUGCUUAUUUUAAGCAAAAAAACAAACAAACACUGGACACUGGUGAUGUUUCGUACUCUUUCAAGCUGAAUGGCAAAAUUGGUCCACAUUUUAAUUCAAGUAGAUUUAUAACGGGAUCCAGAAGUAUUUUCCAUGUUGGCUCAGUCUUAUGGUACUUUUUUUUUUUUUUUAGAAGCUUUGUCUUUAUUUAACUGAAAAAACUUUUAUAAUUGAAAUUAAAUUUGAUAAAUGAAAUUUAAGUAGCGUAAAUGGAGGCAAUUAAGCCAUUGUCCAAGAUGCGAAGAAUGUUGAUGGGGCUGCGUGUUGAACUGUGUACUGCUUGAAUUACACUUCUAAUGGUGCAUAGAUUUAAUAUAAAUCAAGAUCAAUAAAGAUUUGUCAGUGUGGACAGCUGUAAUUGUUUCCGUACUAUGAGGCCAAUGGAUUUGUAGUGUCACUUUAAUGCUCCAGGCGUUUGUUCUCAACUCCAGUGGACAUUUUAUUAGUGGAAAAUAAGAAAACCGCUGACAGCGGUGCCACAUAUGUAUUUUCCAUUUGUUUAUAAUGGUGUUUAACUUUUUAUUUGUUUUGAAUAUAAAAUGCACUCGAGGCAGGAACAAAGAAAGGAGUUCUAAUAAGGAAAGAUUUGUAUUAAAAAUACACUUUAUCAAAUAUGUAUUUCUUGUCAGCUCUAGACAUGGCAAGAAUAUUAUCUGUGUUUAUUUGACAAAUACUAUUUUUCAUGUAUCAUAGUGAUAAUCAAGUGUCCUCAGAGAAAAGACAUCUGUGUUUCAGAAAACAAAUUGUUCAUAUUCAUGUCUGUGUGGAAUAGUUGUGAACUCAAUCUCAUGUCUUAUUGUUGAGGGAUAUCGGCAUCGUUUUACAGUGUGGGUAAUCUUAUCUUGCAUAAGAAAUGCAAAGGUUAUUUAGACUUGUUGGGUGUGGUAGGUUGUAAUGAGUCUGGCACAAAACAUUGGGUCUCAAACUUCUCAACUUCAACCUGUGCCACAGACCCAAGUGUUUUGAUUUUUAAAAUCAUGUCUUUGUCAACAGUGUCUUUCAUUCAUUUGUUGAAAUGUUCAAAAUGGCAAAUCAUUUUUGUCUAAAAGGGCUUGACUGUGAAUUUAUAAUAAUGUUUGAUGGGUAUUUGUUAAUAACUUUCCAUUGCAAUCUUAAUACACUGUGGUUUGAAACAACUCUGUCAAAAAUCAAUAAAAAAAUGUAAUGUGCA